AACGACUGCUGCUGCUGCUGCUGCUGCUGGUGUGCUGCUGCUGCUGCUGCUGCCGUGUGGUCAAAACACACAGUCCCUCCACUGUGCGUUGUUUGUGCGGUGAUCAGUGCUGAUGAGAGCUCUCCUCCUGGGGUCUGUGCAGCAGCUGCCGUGCGAUGAACACACGCUUCUGAUUCGUCCCCGCUGCUUUUGGAACCGUCGACAGGAUUUCAACAAAUAUUGAACAUUGUGUAAUGGUUCAUCGAUGAUGACGUCCACCCAGGCCUUGGUGCUUGUCCUGCUGCUGUCCUGGGGAGACGGAGUGAGGAAUGAGGGCCUGAUGGAACCAUGUGCAAAUAUCCAGACCAACGACUCCGUGGUGCUUUUGGGGUCACCCGUGAGCGCCACCUGUGUCAUCACUGAUGAGUGCCUGAGGGUGAUUGGACACACUGUUCACAUGGAGUGGCACCUCAACGAGGAACUCGUUCCCGGCAGCUUGGUGACCAAUGAGAGUGACGGGAUUUCUAAGGUUGUCAUACCCAGCUUCAACCACAGCAGGGCGUUUCUUACCUGCUGUAUCCAGGCGACCCCCCCCCCCCGGGGGGGGGGGGGAGUGGAGAUCAGAGCCGGCUUUCCACCAGAACCUGCGAAGAACCUCAGCUGUCAAACAAACCUCUCCACAUCCAUCACCAUGACCUGCCGCUGGAUCCCAGCGCAGCAGGACACACAUCUGCGUACAGAGUACAGCCUCAACACCAUGAUAUGGGACUCCACCAAGUACCACACCUACCGGCUGCCCGCAGACGUGGGCCACUACGUUAUCCCUCGCCCCGACUUUGUGUUAUUCUCAGAAAUGGAAAUAUAUGUGAAGGCCGUGAACGAACUGGGAGAGACCGCUUCAGCGCCCCUCACUUUAGAACCCAUGAGUGUAGCCAAAUUCGAUCCACCAAACAUUGUAAAGGUUGUAGCUGUGCCUAAGCGGCUGGGCUGCCUGCAGCUGCACUGGACCCUGUCCCCGGACCAGUCCUGGAUGCAGAUCCAUCGCUUUAUCCUGGAAGUCCAGAUCUGGACCACGGACAGCGGUCAACAGGGUGAACGGACGAUCCUACCGAGGAAAGCUUCUCCCACCCGUCCUUUGGACCUGUGUCGUCUGUUCCACGGGACUCUGUAUUUUUUCCGACUUCGAGUCCAGUACAAGCGCUCGACUCCGUGGAGCGAGUGGAGCAGCAGGCGGUCUGGGAUUACCUUGGAAACUGCUCCCACCGGACGCCUGGACACGUGGACCAAGCUUUCAGAGGACCACGUGCAGAAACUGUACUUGUUUUGGAAGCCAUCAAAACAGUUCCGUGCCAACAGCCAGAACGUGUCGUACGUCGUCUCGGCGCAAAAACUGACCAAAAAGAAGCUGAAGCUGUGCCAUACGCUGGGGAAUUACUGCAGUUUUCUGCUUCCCGGGAAAGCAAAGAAAAUAUACCUGCAAGCUGUGAACGCUGCUGGGAAAUCUUUGCCCACGGAGAUUCUGAUUUUGCAACAAAAAGUGGCCGACUCUGCCGUCUCAGAUCUCACGGUCACUCCUCAGGACAACGCAGGAUUCUUGGUCCGGUGGAAAACCACGGACGCGUCCGACCUCACUGGUCACGUGGUUGAAUGGAGACCUUUGUUACCAGGAGACCUGUCCUCCACCCAGUUUGAAACAGUAGACGCAAACCAGUCCAGUCUGGUCAUAGCAGGAGGCGCUGAGCCCUACAAGCCCUACGGGAUCUCCGUGUAUCCCAGGUUUAAGGAUGGGAUCGGCUUUCCUCAGACUCUUAAAGCCUAUUCAAGACAAAAGGCUCCCCUGGUGGUUCCUAAAAUAAACAUAAAGAAGUGGAGGUCACAGGUCAAACUUUCCUGGGAGGAGAUCCCACUGGAGCAGAGGAACGGAAUCAUCCAGAACUACAAGGUCUUCUACUGGGAGGAGGAGGGGCCGGUCAACGUUGUGAACGCAGACGUGGAGGAAAGAAAGGUGACCCUGGAACACCUGAAGACCUCCACGGUGUACAAGGCCUUCAUGAUGGUCAGCACGUCCGGCGGGAGUCGGAACGGCUCCACCAUCACCUUUGAAGUGGAACCAUUCGAUCCCGUCACCAUGGUGAUGUCGGUCACCGCGGCGCUGUUCAGUUUCUUACUGAUGGUCAUCUUCUUGGUCAACUGUUUCUAUGAUCACAAAAGGUUAAAGUGUGGUUUCUGCCCCGAUGUUCCAGAUCCUGCUAACAGUAGCAUCAAGAGAUGGACAUCGGAAUCUUCGCAGUACUCAUAUCCUUCCAUGGACAGUGACGAACCAGACCCAGUGUUCCUGGAACACCUGGACCUGGACGUCCCACUCAAAGCAGGCAAAGAGGAGACUGGUGUUUGGACCGAUGUUUUGGAGGACACCAGUGACCUGGGCACGUCUCUCUGUGGUUCUCCGUUCUCCCUGGACGAUCCCGCUUCACGCAGCGACUCCGUUCCCUAUGCCACCGUGGUCUUCUCCAGUCCCUGCGACAGUCCUCCCCCGCCGCAGCGCCACGCCUACCUGCACUCUGAGUCCACGCAGCCCCUGCUGGAGAACGAAGAGCCCUUCACUCCUGUCUGCUACCAGAAUACUGCCCCCGAUGGCACACUGCAGCAGUAUUUCUUCGGAACAGAGGACAGCGAUGUGGACGACGAAGAGGCGACAGAACCGGCCAGUAUCUGGAACGACUUUCCUUUCCUACAAGCGUUAGCCUUGUACGACGCUCCGAACAACUGAGAGGUUUUUUUUUGUUUUGUUUUGUUUUUUUUUAAACUUCUUUUAAAGGUAAAUCAAUUUUAGUUUUAUUAAGUUUUUGUGAAAUUUUUUGCUUUUUCUCAGGGUUUUUUUAUCUGUAUCUCAAACUUUUUACUUCAUUCUACCUCAUUCGACCCCCUGCACCUCCCCCUGCUCUAUUAGACCAAUUGCACCAGUUAGACAGGUUCAUUAAUAAUACCAAAUGAAGUGGACUUGGAUCUGGAAGGUUGGAGGUUCGAGUCCACCAGCUGCCCCCCCGUUGACUUUGGUGAUUGGUAAAAAGCAGAGGUCACAUUGUGUUGAGCUGUUUCACAAUGACAAGUAGUUCCCUUUCUUUUCUAAAGUUGAACAAAACAACUGAAAACACUGACCUCAGGAUUGACUCUCAGUCAAAUAUUUGAUCUUGUUUUCAUCUGUUACGUGAUCAAAACGAUUUCAUUUUAAUUGUGUCUCGUUGUUUUCCCCACUGACUUAAUUUGACCAAAAGAUUUAGGAACGUUCAGCACCAGUCUGCAACCGGUGGUCUAGUGGUCUGCAGAGGUACUGCAGGGAGGUUGAAAUGAAAGUACAGUAGAGAAUAAAAGAAGUAGUCAACAUUUUUAUAGAAAGGAACGAAACCUGUCCAGCCCAGGUCGAUAAUCUUUGUCUCUUCUCCUUUUUUGACACCAGUUUCUUCUCCGUUUCUCUCUGCUGUUUCCGUCCAGUUAAGACAGAACCAAAAAAAUAACAAAAAUAAUAUUGAGUGCCUUUCCUGUCCUCUCAGAGCUCUGUGUUCGUUCUGUUUGGAUGUCGAGGUCAUCACAUGUAAAUAUUACAUCGAUAAUGUGAUACGUCUCUAAAUGUAAACAAGUAAUCGUGUAAAUGUUUGAUUAUGAAACAUGUUUGUGAUGUGUUUGUUUUUAAGGUACAAACUGAUGAAGAUGAGGAUGAAAAAUGAAGCAACAUUAACAGUG